AUGUUUACUCCUAUAGUGAGAAUAUUGGAAUAUGAUAACUUUCAAGCUCCAGUUGAUGAAAUGUUGAUUUUGAAGGUUACAAGACACCAUGUAGACAUGAGUAAAUCACAAGAGAUGGAGCCAUAUUUAAAUGGGCGCUGUAUAUAUCUUGUUGGAAUGAUGGGCUCCGGGAAGACAACCGUGGCGAAGAUAUUGUCACAAGUGCUUUCUUAUGCGUUCUUUGAUAGUUUCAACUGGAAAUUUUAUGUUUUCCUUUUUGCAUUUGGGAGCAGUGAUGCAUUGGUGGAGGAGGAGGUUGAUGGAACAUCUGUAGCUGAUAUAUUCAAGUACUAUGGAGAGACAUUUUUUCGUAAUAAAGAGGUCACACCACCUCAUCUCUCCACGCACCCUUUCUCCUCGCUUUGUGGCAUACGUGGAUUUCUAGAUAUGGUUGCAGAACUGGGUCAUGGAAAUGUGUCAGAUUUAUCUCCAGCUGCUAUUGCAAUGGAGGCGCUAGAACAAAUCAAAGACUUUCUUGUGAGUGAAGAUGGCUCUGUUCUACUUACUCACAACUACAUCUUGCCAAAUAUGACAUAUAAUUCACUUGCUAAAGAAACUGACAUCAUUCACUGCCAGAGUGAGAAUGUACAAACAUGA